CUGAAAUAUAAUUGUCGUGAGUUAUUUUUUCUAUAUUUUUUUUCAAAAAAAAUGUUUCAAUUUUGCAGAAUAUGGGUAAUUCAUCCUGUUGUUUGAGAAGUAGGUCAUCAAGUGGAGAAGAUAAAUCGUAUAAUCAUGAUGGACAAUAUGUUAGAACCAAUCAAGUUGAGGUAAACACCUAUUUUGUAUUUUAAAGUGUAUUUUUUGUAUCCAAAAUGUAUUUCAAAGUGUAGUUAAUUUGUAUUUAAAAAAUAUGAAAAUUUUCAGUUUCAAUAUAUAAAUCAAGUUUUUCCACGAGAUGAGACAUCGACCAACUUCUUACCUCAUAUUAGUGAACGUGAAGUGACUGAAGGCUACGAAGUUGAUCCUUCAACUCAUCCAACAGCUCGACCAACAUUUAUGGAAAGAAGUAAAAGUGAGAUGAAAUGUAAGGUUUUCGGGGGUUUUGAAAUAAAUUUUGUGAUUUUCAAAAUAUGUUUUUGUAGUAAAAGAUAAUCGAAGAUCAUGCUACAUGUUGGAUGCUUUGGCCGCUGGCGGAGGACAUCCAGGAGUUCUCCCAAAAAGCUUAAGAAAAUCUAGCAGUUGCAGCACAAUUUAUAUCGACGAUUCGACUAUAAGUCAACCAAAUCUCAAAAAUACUAUAAAAUGCAUUUCAUUGGCUAUUUAUUAUCAUAUUUGUAAUAGGAAAAAUCGAGGACAUGAACGUUUGAUGGAAAUUUUCGAAGAGCGACUUCAUCCAAUUACAAGAGAAGCGAUGCCAGCUGAAUUGGUCACACGAGAUCCAGAUCAUCGAAAUAUUUAUCGAUUUGUUCGCACACUUUUUCAUUCGGCUCAAUUGACUGCUGAAUGUGCAAUUAUUACAUUGGUUUGUUAUUUUUGUUUUGGGUUUUUUGAGAGGAAAAAUCAACACAUCAAUUUUUUCAGGUUUACAUUGAACGACUUCUCAACUACGCUGAAAUGGAUUUGUGUCCAUCAAAUUGGCGUCGAGUAGUUCUUGGUUCAAUUAUGUUAGCUUCAAAAGUUUGGGAUGAUCAAGCUGUUUGGAAUGUGGAUUAUUGUCAAAUUCUACGAGAUACAAAUGUUGAUGAUAUGUGAGUUUUUUUGAUUGGAAUAGGGGUCUCUGGUAGAUUUUGUGACAUUGGCCAGGAUUUUCAACAAAAAAAAUGGAAAUGAGCUUCAACGUGGCUUUUUUUAAACACCAGAUAAAAUUUUUCAACCGAGACCCCAUUUCAAAAACAAUAUUUCAAAAUUUCCAGGAACGAAUUGGAACGAAGAUUUCUCGAAUGUUUAGAUUUUAAUAUAGAGGUAAGGUUGUCCUGAAACGUUUAAAAUUAUUAAUUUAAACUUCAGGUUCCAUCUUCUGUUUACGCAAAAUAUUAUUUCGAUCUACGAACACUUGCAUUGGCCAAUGAUUUGCAACUUCCAAUGCAACCAUUAUAUAAGGAACGCGCAAAAAGAUUAGAAGUAAGCUAGCUAUUUUUCUCCAAAAUUUAUCAAUAAACCUUUAGGCUUCGAGUCGAGUAUACGAGGAUAAAAUUCACACGAUAUUACCAAAGCGAAGUUAUUCGGCCGAAAGAAUAUUUAUUGAAAAUAAGACACCCGUUGUUCUUUCCUAG